AGGAAGACAUCCAACAUCUUCUCAUAUAGUAAUGCUGUUCCUCAGGUUUAAGCUAACUCUUUUUGCGUACCAACUCUGAGCUUCUCUCCCUGCGCGUGCCGUGUCCACUGCGAUGAACGCUUCGCGCUCGGUCAGCAUGGGAAUCCCCACUCAAGUCCCUAACAGCACCGCGGUGAGUGCGGACACACUCGCCCAUUGGAAUUACAGCGCAGUGAGUGCGCACAAGCUGAUGGAGCUGCCGGCGCGAGCCACUACGGUGGCAAUGGUGCGGGAUGUUCGAUAUCCUUUCCCCACUGUGGAUGUCCCAGACCACGCUCACUACACCAUCGGCUCUGUCAUUCUGGCAGUGGGCAUCACCGGUAUGGUGGGAAACUUCUUGGUCAUGUAUGCCUUCUGCAAGAGUAGGAGUUUGAGAACACCUGCCAACAUGUUCAUCAUUAAUCUGGCUGUCACUGACUUUCUGAUGUGUGUCACUCAGACACCAAUCUUCUUUACCACCAGUAUGCACAAGCGAUGGAUCUUUGGCGAAAAAGGCUGUGAGUUAUAUGCAUUCUGCGGUGCUCUGUUUGGUAUCUGCUCAAUGAUCACUCUCAUGAUUAUUGCGGUAGAUCGAUACUUCGUGAUCACUCGUCCUUUGGCCUCGAUUGGUGUUAUGUCACGCAAACGAGCCCUGUUGAUACUCUCUGCUGCUUGGGUGUACUCUAUGGGCUGGAGCCUGCCUCCGUUCUUUGGAUGGAGUGCGUAUGUUCCUGAAGGUUUGCUGACAUCCUGUUCGUGGGACUACAUGACCUUCAGUCCCUCAGUACGCGCCUACACAAUGCUGCUCUUUACAUUUGUAUUCUUCAUCCCCCUCUUCGUCAUCAUUUAUUGCUACUUCUUCAUCUUCAGGGCAAUCCGUGAUACCAACAGAGCUGUGGGAAAAAUCAAUGGAGAAGGAGUAGGACCCAGAGACUCUAUCAAGAAGAUUCAGCGAAUGAAAAAUGAAUGGAAGAUGGCAAAGAUAGCGCUCAUAGUGAUCCUGCUGUAUGUCAUCUCUUGGUCUCCAUACUCCUGUGUAGCUCUUACUGCUUUUGCUGGAUACGCUGACAUACUCACACCCUACAUGAACUCUGUGCCUGCUGUGAUUGCCAAAGCAUCCGCCAUCCACAACCCAAUCAUCUAUGCCAUCACUCACCCCAAGUACAGGUCUGCUAUUGCAAAGUACAUACCAUGUCUGGGAGUGCUGUUGUGUGUACCUCGUAGAGACCGGUUUGCCAGCAGUAGCUUUAUGUCCACACGACGCUCCACUGUGACUAGCCAGUCCUCUGAGACCAGCAGCAACCUGCACCGUGCCGGGAAGGCACGUUUGUCUUCUGUGUCUGACAGCGAGUCGGGCUGGACGGACACAGAGGCAGAUCUCUCCAGCGCGAGUUCACGGCCUGCUAGUCGUCAGGUCUCAUGUGACAUCCGUAAAGAUUUGUCAGAUAUCAAGCACACCAGCUCUCUGAGGCUGAAGGUCAAGAGCAGAGACUCUGGUGUCUUCGACAGAACCUCAGCUCAGAGUCUAGCUGAGCCGAGCGUGAACCGGACCUGUGCGUACAUCAGUAUGAUAGGCGACAAAGAAGAGAUCUCCAUGGCCGAGGUCAGUCUGUCCAAUUGUCUCUCGUCCUCUCCAAAUAUGGUGUCAGACAAAGCCGAUGAGAAAAGACUGUUGGUUCGGAUCCCUUCCAUCAUUGUUACGUCAGAGUCCAGUCCUGCCCUCCUCUCAGUAGGGCGCAUCAGUAGCUCCUCCAGACAGCUCCCAGGUGGUUCGGUGGAGGCAGCCUCUGUCACUGUGGAACCUGCUGGCAUUGACUGAAAACCAGCUGCACUACCACUGACUUAUACUUCAGGACACAAUCUCAACGAACUCUUGGUCAUCUGACUUAUUCCUUCCACCUUUUUGUUUCCUUUACACAGGGCUCAAAAUUGAACGUGCAUGCUGUUACAAAUGACAUCUGAAAUUUGGCUGUGCCGUUAUUGUUGUACUUUUGCCUGUUUCAAGGUGGAAAAUGGGGGACCACAGCCUACAAGGUGAACAAGGUCUGUAUUUUAAUAGGAAAGUCGGGUCAGGAUACCCUUUCAGGCUUCUUUCAGUGGUGUGGAGAUGAUCCUCUCCUCUCAGGGAAGAAUUCAACAGUUCUGAAAAGCAGCAGUGUUUCAGUUGUGGAUUGACACUGCUCUAUGUAUUCUGAUACAUCCUUCUCUUUAGUGAGCUGCUUCAUCCAUUAUAGGUUGUGCUGUAGGCCGUUGGAAUAAACAGUUCCCAGCGCCUGUACAAGAUCAAAAACAACACAUAAUCUGUGACCUGAAGAUUCAAACGCCUAGUUUUUACCCAGCCAGAGAUUUUGGUCUCACUAUGAAUAGAGCCCUGUCUACAGGUGUAAAGGUAGAUCUUUUGAUGUUUCUUUAAAGGUGAAGUCUGUAAUUUCAUGUACAAAUGUAAAAAUAUUUACAUUGUAAUGGCUGAUAAACGGUAAAUGGCCGAUACUUAAAAUCUAUACUAUUUUGUCUACAUUAUUUAAAAUAAAUAGUUUUAAAUUAUACAAGUGAAUUUAGACAUCACAACAUUAUAAUGUACAGUCUGAAAAAUGGAUAUUAAUGAUCAGAUUUGAUAAAGAUUACAUUUAUCAAGACUUUUUACCUCUGCCACCAUCUAAUGUUCACUUCAUCUAAAUGUAAAAAUAGGGGAAUUAAGCAUUCUCAGUUAAAUAUCCAAUAACUACAAAUUUAAAAAUCUCUAAUAUUGAGAGAGCUGAUAUGGUACAGAUAUAUUUUGCGUCCUUAAUUUUAAAUUGAAUAGAUAAAUAAAUAAACUAAACACUUCAGCUUUAAAGUUUUAGGUAUUCCCACUUCAUAACAAAUCAAGCACAUUGAAAACCAAUGACAUUUUUCUGGCUGCUGAUCCAAAUAAAGUACUUAUUUCAUUUUGUAGAUUAUAAUUUUUUUCAGCACUGUAUGGCCAAUACAUAUAUAUGUCUAUUGAAUGUUAAUACGGAAGUGUGCUCAACAAAUGAUCUUUGAAUGAAUGAUUUUUUUUCUGUAUGAUUUUUCAUGCUUUUGUGUUGUGCCAUGUUCCUCUAUCCACAAGCGAAAUUCCCCAUGGUUGUGAUUACCUGCAUGCUUUCUUAAUGUAAGAAAUUCUAUCUUUUAAUAGAAAUAUUUGGUUUUAAAUGUUUUUCACUCUCUGUGCAGGCUACAAUAGCAUCAAAACCCUUAUAAAUGUGAAAAUUGUCUUUUAAAUUCAAAUAACUGGUCUCAGAGCCUGUGGCUGUAAUGAACUGUACCUUUCAGAUUCAGAUUUGCCUUUCUGCUGGAUUUCAGAGAUGCUUUAGUGGGAUUAAUAUGCCAGCAUCUGGAAGUCCUUAGGGAUUAGAGGGGAAACGCUUUUAACAAGAUUAGUUUUGGGGAACUGCUCAGCCAGAACGCUCCAUUGCUUUUAAAGGUUGCUGUUUUCUCAAAGUUACAUACACAUUGACUGAUAAUGGUCUCUGAAGCAGAUCAAAUGCACUGUCGGGUCUCUCUGUCUCUUCUGAGAGAUACGUUUACCUGUUUUUUAUUUUGAGUUAAAUAUGCUUCACAGAUGUUUUAUGACUUUCUAUGGGGUGCUUGAAUGGCAUAUUUACUGAUUUGCCGGAAUGUUCACCUGAUUUGCAGCUCUUCAUUAGCGUUGACACACAUUUAGCAGUGAACACCUACUGUAUAUCCAGUCACUCACAGUUAUCAAGUAGGUCAAUAGUGUGUCCUGCUGACUUGCAUGUGAUUUGUUGCCUGGACGCCGUCGGGGUGACAUAAUCAAGUGCUAUACGAAUGAUAAGUUAGCUUAUCAGCAAAAGCAACGGGUCAGACAUUAUAUUUUUGAUAACAUUGUCACGUCUUCAUUGCCCUUCCCUUUCCUGUUUUCUUGACUCCGGUUCUGGUUCUGUCAUCAUGUUAUAUUUAUAUGUGCAUGGUAAAGUUCAUACAGUAAUUUUUAUAUACUUUUUACCAAUGCACCUGACAAUGACAGAUGAACUGAGAGAAGAAAAUUUUUUUUUACUAGACAUAAAACUGCAUAUUGCAUCAUUUUUAAAUCGUUUAGAUGUUUCUUCUCAUAUAAUUGUGAUAAACAGUGUAAACCUUUGCAGCAUCAUAUACAGUCUUAAUAUCUCUAUGAAACAGCACCCGUCACAAAAAAAAUGUAAAAACCCAAUGUGAUUUUGUUCCUAAUAUUUGUUUGUUUUGGUAAUUUAAUGUGACAAAUAUUCUACAUAUGUUUUUUUGAAAAAAAAAAAAAAAAAAAAUGUAGGGCAGGACUUCAUCUGGAAUUGAUUGGAUGGAUGUGGUUUGCUAUUGCUGUGAUGUCAUGUAAGUGACAGGUUGCCCCGCCCUCACACCAGUAAACGCAUCAUCAGAGAAGAGAUGUUGCUGCAAGUUAUUUUGAUUAAAGAUUACAAGGGCACAUGAAUUUUUAAAGGGUUAGUUCACCCAAAAAUGAAAAUUCUGUUAUUAAUUACUCACCCUCAUGUCGUUCCACACCCGUAAGACCUUCGUUCAUCUUCGGAACACAA